AUGAGUCGAUCACGGAGGCAACACUCUACUUUGGUUCAUUUUGUUGGUGGUGGUUUAGGAGGUUCUUUCGGUGCGUUUGUAACAUGUCCACUGGAAGUUAUUCAGACCCGACUUCAAUCUUCUGCCUUUCACUGUCAAAGAACCGCUGCCAAAAUGCGUACAGCCAAGAAAUUAUCACCAACUGGCCCGUCUGUGAAUUUCAGUACAGCCAGUGUCGCCGAUACCAAGAUAAACAUUGCUGCGAAUCGCUUCAAAGGAAUUAUUUCCUAUGGAAGAUAUAUGGUCAAACACGAAGGGUUCCUAUCGCUGUACAAAGGUCUUGGUCCCACGUUGGUUGGCGUCACUCCAUCAAGAGCGAUUUACUUUGCUUUCUAUUCCAAAACAAAGGACUUUCUGAAUAAAUCUGGCAGGCUUACCCCCGACUCUUCGCCCGUACACAUGAUUUCAGCCGCAAUUGCGUCCUUUGUAAACCACACUAUCACUAACCCCCUAUGGUUCGUCAAGACUCGACUCCAGUUGGACCACCGAGAAGCAAGACGGGUCAGCGCUUUCCAAAUUGUCCGGGAUGCGUAUAGGACCGAAGGGAUACGAGCUUUUUAUCGAGGACUUUCUGCGUCAUAUGUGGGAAUUUCUGAAACAGUCGUUCACUUUACGAUCUACGAGAAAGUGAAAGCAAGACUGAUUAAACUUCAGCGAAAGACUAAGGAAGAUUUCAAUGUUUUUGAGUGCAUGCUGGCCGCCGGAGUGUCAAAAUCUAUUGCGGCAAGUCUUUGCUAUCCUCAUGAAGUCGCACGCACCCGGCUUCGUCAACAAGACAGCGAAUUUCUUGGCAAACACAAGUACAGAUCGUUUCUUCAAACACUGAAAACUGUUUUGAAAGAGGAGGGAUGGAGGGGAUUAUAUGGCGGGUUAGGAACUCACUUACUACGUCAAGUUCCUAACACAGCGAUUAUGUUUUUCACUUAUGAGGGCGUAGUGCAUCUCUUGGAAUCUGGAAACGCGUAA